AUGCAAGCUGAUUGUACUACCAUCACUCCCACGGCCAAAUGGGCCGGGCUUGGUCUAGUCUUUGAAACAGAGGAUGAACAAGCUUCUUAUGAGACCCUUGUUUCCCGCUGUCACGAGGAAGGCCUAAUCCAGUGGAGCGCAACAUCAACAUCGCCUCACGGCAAUGAAGAUUGUGGUGUUAGCGAUGCCUCAUGUAACGUCGACGUAGCCUUCCAACAAUUUAAAUUAGCUCAAGAAAUUCGAGGGUCAUUCGACUUCGUUGCGGAGUACGAAAGUAUUGAUAUAGACGACUUUGACGAUGCCAGAAAUAUUUAUCCUCACUGGACUGGAGGUCGAGAUAGGAGUGGACGGCCCAUCUGCUUUUAUCAAGUUGGCCUUGUCAAAGACCAAAGUCUGGAAAGAUACAACCAAAACAGAGAGCCAAGGGAUGCCGCUUGUGGCGCAACAGCGUCCUUGGCGAGGCGUCAAACUAUCAUGGUCACUGACUAUCUCACAAGAUUCGUAUUCCCACUCUGCUCUGCAAUGCGCGAUCGACCAGAGCCUGAGAGAGCGCUGUCAAGUGGUAUGUACGUGGUCGAUGCAUCAGGCUUGACAUUUUCGCGACUUUGGGGCCUUAGGAACCUUAUACAGGACUUUAACUUUUUGUUGUCAACUUGCUAUCCGGAAAUCUUGCAACACGCAUAUAUCAUCAACCCUCCGUUAGGCUUUGGGGCAAUGUGGAAUCUAGUAAAGAGGUGGCUUGAUCCGCGAACAGCCAGCAAGUUCACAAUCGUGCCAGCAGCCGAUACGCUACGCAUCUUGGAGGAGUCAAUUGACAUAGAAAACAUACCAACGCUGUUUGGCGGAAACUUCAGCUUUCAACAUGGAAUGCAGCCCAAGUUGGAGAGCGCUAUGAUACGUUCCCUAACAUUGACGCCUAGUUUGGUCGCUCAGUUGCCCCCUGGGCCGAUCCAGCUCAGGCAUGAGGACGGCCGAAUGGAGCUUGUCGCUGUGGGAACCUUGGAAGAAAAGGAGCGCCAAGACCUUCUCGGACAUUUGAGCCUUCUGACAGAACAGGAAGCAAAGAUCGAUGGAGGUAUUACUGCGUAG